AUGUAUUUCAAGCUUCUUCUUACGCUUUCUACUUUGUCAUGUUCAUUCGCUCAAUAUCAAUCUUCUGGGCCGUUCACAGGCCAAGACGAUCAAGACUGGACGAACGUAUUUCAACAUCAGUCCUAUUCUUAUUUUUUGAAAGAGGUGCAACACAGAAAUUUUAAUUAUGCUGUUUAUCAAGAUAAAUUAGGCAGAACUACACCACUUCCCACUUUGAAUGCUCUGUUUUUUGAGAAAGACCGAGUUAUUAAUCCUACGAGUAACUAUGUUAGUAUGUCUGAAGUAUUUGGAAAACCUAGAACCAUUGAUGACGAUCUUGAAAUGCCACUUAACCAACCUGUGAACAAUUUUAAAGUAUCCUUUCAUAGAUAUUAUCCAUAUUAUAAUCCCUAUCAUCCAACAAACCGAAAAUAA